AUGAGUUUAAAUCUUCACGCAAUUCCAGUGUUUGCCUUUCCCACAUCUCUAAAAUUCUAUUUAGGCACAAAAAGUAGCCACACUCAAGUGUUGACCCUAUACAGCCCAUACGAUUUUCCUAUCAAGUACAAAGUACAUUGUCAGUCGUCAGCUUGGGAAAAAUAUAUCGUCCCUAAUCCGGAAGGCACGAUUCCGGGACAAAGCAGCGUAGAUUUAGUAAUAACGCACAAACAAGCCAUCCCAUCCAAUUGCAAUGUUUUGGAUAAGAUUAAAAUUGUUAUGCAUGAUCAUGUAACUGGCCAAAUAAUAGGUAAAAAGACAAUAGAGUCUAUUCUCUUGGCAGGAGAAAAAGAUAGUAGACACCAAAACGAUGACGAUUAUGAAUUUCACAGCCAUCAUACAGGAUCAACUAGUCAUUCAACUCAUGGUGUUCAGACACAAAGAGGUAUAAAUCGAUCAACUAAUACACCUACAAAUAAUUUUGUUUCAAGCAUAAUCAUAGCAGUGUGUGCUUGUAUAUUGUUUUUACCAACCGAACCAGAAGUUAGUAAACCUUCCUCGCUACCCAGCUACUUCCAUGUGUCACAUAAAAUACAAUUAUUGGCAGCGCUAUUGUUGGGUGUGUUUUUAUGUAUUUUAGUCAGGUCCUAA